AUGAGUCAAGAUGAAAAUAUAAUAAAAGAUCUAAAUAACAAUGAACAAAGUAGUCUCACUCCUUUUUCUAAUUGGAAUGGAAUUAUUAACCGGAUAAAAGAAAAGGUGAUAUUUUAUGAAAAAUACCAACGAUAUAUCAGAGCAUACAUUCCACAUGCCGGAAAUUUUCCUGAUGAAAAGAUGCUUAAAUUCAGAUUUAGGCCCUCGUUUAACUUUUCCAUUAUUACAGAAAUGCAGACUGAAUCUGGUAAUACAGUUCAAGACACAGAAAUAAUGAUAAAUUUAGCGACUAAAUUCUAUCAAGAUUUGUUCCUGGUAGAAGAGAGACAUUUGGAUUCAUUUACUUUUGUGGACCAGUUUGACAAAAAAAAAGAUAGAUGA